AUGCCAGAAGAUCGCAGAAAGCGUGUCACGGUUGUUGAUUUCGAGCAUUUCCCUAGUGGGGCCGAUAAGCCCGCUCAACUUGAUGAAAUCCCCCGACGGCCGGAGUCUGGGAGGAAAACAAGUUCACCGCUUCAUGGAGACACGAGAAAGGUCAUCAGAGGACGCCCGAAGAAUUUCGGAUUACCUCAGAUAAAUGAAAGCAACCAUGGUUCCCAUUCUUGUAUUGUGAGGUACGAAUCGCCGUGGGACACAUAUCGACGAUCGAUUACCUGUGUAAUUGCUGGAAAUGUGAUCAUCGCUGCUCAUCGUUCCAGCCCGUCGCGGGUGAUUGCAAUUAGACAGCAUCCAAAGAAAGAUGUGGACCGGAUGAUACAAGUGUACCGUCACUUAAAUCACGAGAGAAUCCUAUCUGCACGAGAGUGCUUUGUGGACGGUGACUCAUUGUUCGCUUUGGUGGAUGACUUACCACUCACUUUUGAACAUCUCGUCGGAUGUCGUACGCUUUAUCCAACCGAUAGCGAAUUAGCUUCUAUGCUUUGGCAGACCCUUGAUGGAGCCUGCUAUCUUAGCGAGAAUGGUUGGGAGCACCGAUCACUGAUAUGCCGAAACGUUCUGCUAGGCCUGGAUGGAGCAGUAAAAAUAGGUAUGUGCUUCUCAUGCCCCACGGAGUCUCUAAUUAAUAUUGCUGCAGCGUGCUUAGAGUCUUGUGGAAAGACAUUGCCUAGUCAAGCACAAGGCACACACACCAAAGCACUUGCUAGUAUCACCAUGGAACUUAUGCAGAAAUAUACCAAAGAUGAUGGGAUGGUUGGGGUUGAUGAUUUGACUCGUUGGCCCGUAGAGUCAGACGCGUUUGGCUUUCUCUCAGCGAUAUCUACGACCAAAUCAAUAACAGCGUUGAGGAAGGUGAGUCGUGCUCGAAUUUUGAACUCUGAGAUAAAGAACAUCUCAAUGGUUCAGGCAGUCUCUCAAGAUUCCCUAUUGACUGUUGUUCAGCACCCACUUUUCAAAAACAACAGUCGAUCUCUCGGGAAAUUGGUCCUCCUUGCCCGGACAGUCAUUGUUUCUGCGAAGAUAUUUUAUUCGCAUGAAGUCUAG